AAUAAUAAUAAAGAAAGUACAUAAUAUGACUCAGAAGUACAUCGACUCAAUCGUGGCCGUAGAUCGACGGCCACGUCUCUGAUAGACUUUCCAAGCUCUAAUGUCCCAAUCAGGAACUUAUGGUGUAAAUAAUUUUCUUAUAUGAGUUUGCAUAACUAUUUUUAUUUUGGCAAUUGUUGUCAUUAAGUUUUAUGUUUGUCUUAUGAUUUACUGAUGAAUUUAUAUAUGUGAUUUAUUACUUAGUGGCUUGAAUUUAAACUGGCAAAGUUCAAAAUUAUUAUUCUUGUUACAAGGAGUUUUGAUUAGAACCUUUUUCUAUUUUAAAAUAAACUUAUGGUUGUGAUUUGUGAUUGAUUUGAAUUUAAGUUAAAUUAGAAAUUCAAUUUUUUGCUACUUAUGAAGAAUUUCAAUAAGGAUUUUUCGCUGAAUAAUUACAUUAAUAUACAAUAUUUAAGAAAUUAGGUUAAUAAUGAAUGGAUAGGCUAAGAUUUAUACUACGUGAAAUUUCAAGUGACUGAUAGUAGUAUAGAAUAGUUAUAGUAUUCAAAUGGUGUAUGGAGGUUUUCAUAUUAAACAAAUGUUAGAUUUUCAAAACGAAAUUAUUGAAAAUAAUUUAAACAUCAUUUAUGUAAACUAAUGUGUUAUUUCACUAUUCCUAUACGUAGCAGAGACUAGACUCCACAUCAAGCUUGAUUUUAUUUAGUCUCUGAUAAGAAAAAAUUGAGCAAUAGAAAUGAAUUAAACAAAUUAUUGGAUAUGACUCCACAAUUUUUUAUAGUAAGAAAUCUAUACUUUUAAACUUGUAUUUAUUACAAAUAAUUGGCAAAUUUUGAAUGGUUAUCAGUUAUGUCUGUUUUAUUGAAUAAACUGAGACAAAACUACGAAAAAAGAGUGGAGUUAAUUAAUAUCGAAUAAAUAUGCACCUACUUUGUGGAGGGACUUAUGAGCUGAUUAUUUAUUCAUUGAUGCAUAAGCUUUUCAAAUUUAAAAGUGAAAUGGGAAGCAUAGGCUUCAGAGUCUUCAAACACAUCAAGCUUCUCCCUGAUAUUUAGCUAAUAUACAGCUAUUCCAACACAAACAGAGCGAUUUUUGAAGAAAUAAUUUUAGUGCAUUGCUUAUUAUCUUCAUUUAUGUUUAUUUUCAUGUUGGUUGCACUUUUGACAUGGAGUGCUUUAUCACAUCCUAAAGCAGUUGCUUUGAUACAGAUCGGUGCUGGCUUAGUCCAUAAAGAGUACAUUGCCAGGGUUGUUGGGGUUUUCCCUGAAGGAGAGCAAGUUGUUGAUGCCAAUGUAAAUUAUGAUGCAAGAGAAGGAAGGAGCUCGGUGGAGGUUGGAGACCCAAGACAUAAUGCUUUGGAGGGAAAGGCUGCAUGCACAAGAUUCUUAAGAAUCAGUACGAAUGGAACUCAUAGUGUGGUCUUAUGUAAACCUGUUACUGGCCGUACUCAUCAGAUACGUGUUCAUCUCCAACAUUGCGGGCACCCAAUAGCUAAUGAUGAUCUAUACCUCUGCAAGACCGGCAUUCCUCUUUCUCCCCGGCGAACUGGUGCUAAUGGAGCUGCCUCUAUUCGCAACCACCAACCAUCACUUUCUGAUUCUACCAUGAGUGAGAAUCAUAAUCCAGAUGUUGAUCAUGUAGAUUUCAGUAUCGACCCAAUGUGCACCAACUGCCCAUGUCUUUCUCCUAAAGGCUAUGGUAGAGAUGAAGAAGGCCUUUGGCUGCACUGUAUGCGAUACUCAGGACCUAACUGGAGCUAUGAAUGUCCCAAUCCUGACUGGGCUGUUCUAAAUUAAAAAAAUUGUCACAGACCCUUUCAGUUCUUUCCUUAAUUUUAUGCAGGAGACGGCUCAUAUUUGAUUUGCCCA